AUUUAUCCAAAACGUUAGCUGGUGAGAAAAACUAAGGAUUAUUCUUAAAAUAGAAAUAUGAUUCUUCAGCCAUUUUUAAUAUUUGUAGUGAAUGUGUAUCUAAUUAAAAUAAAUGAGGGUUUACCAAAUAAUCUUGUUGUUUAUGAAGGAUCAUCACAUUUUGGUCAAGAAUGUGCGGAUACUUUUCCAAUAUUAGGAAACUAUUAUGGACAGGAUGACUCUACCGGGAAUUUAUCAUACAUCGCUAAUGAAAAUGGAGUUUUACCAAGUCAGAGUCAUCGUUACAUAGUAGAUGAUUCACAAUCUGGUAAAAGAACAAUUACCUAUACUAAACCAACAUCGGAAUACGAAGACAAUUACUAUCACGAUUGUAUGGUAGACUUUGACUAUUUGGGACAGAAUUAUUUACUUUCAUUUCGAGGUGUAAUUGUGGUUUUGUCAAAUUAUGAAUGUAGUACUGAAAGUCAAUCGGAAUUGAACGUUUUUGAAGGAGAAUCAAUAAAAAUAACAAAAUCUGUUAACUACACUCAUAUUGCACCGUCAAUUAAUUGCGACACUCCUGGAACAUUAAUAAAUUAUACAAUUAUUAGUAAAAUUGUGAACAAAACAAGUAAUCAACCUUUAACUGGUUUUAUAUCUUUCGAAAUAGAAUUUACAGUUUCUGAUAGGUUUGAUAAAAAUAUAAAUUGUCGAUUUACAUAUGACAAUGAGGUUGACGGCGAUGAAUAUGAGCAUAUAGAAAGCAUACCACCAAUAAGCAAUUUAUCAGCACUUGUCGUUGCAGUUGCUCAUGAUAAGCCAAUAUUCCAUGACAGAGAUGGAGACAAAGUAUUAUGUUCAUUCGUUCUUCGAGUUCAAUAUCCCCCAGAUAAUGUAAUAAUAUCAUUGCAUCCAGCUAAGGAUAGUGUUUUACGAUGCUCUGAUGAUGGAAGAUACAAUAAAAGAAUAAAUACUGAAUGGACUGUAAAUGGAGAAGUACAACCAGAAAAUGACGAGGAGUUAUAUGUAGCUGGUAUUACGGGAAACAUUACUUGCAGAAUAUGCAUGGAAUUUGUUAAUAAUAAUACUAAUUGUUCCCAAAGUCCGGUAUUUUUCUAUCAUAAUGACACUGAAUAUCCAACUGUAAUACCGCCUGACCAUGUACGUCGCCCCAGAAAUAUUGUCAUCUACGAAGACCAAACUCAGGCAUUUAACUUUUCCUGUCACGCAUGGCCGGAUAUUCCACACGUUAUUGAUGCUACUACUUAUGGUAAAAAUGAACAAGGAGAGUUACUUCUAAUUGCAGAUUCAGUUGAUAUAAUACCCCAGCAAACUUAUAGAUAUGACAUGAUAAUUGAUGAAAACUAUACCAGAAUCAUUUCCUAUAACUUUAUGAAUGUUAAUAAUUAUACUGAUAAUAUAUAUCAUAGUUGUAUAGCUGGUGAUAAGGAAUUUCGUGCAGCCUUUGCAGUUUUGUCUGAUUUUGAGCAUCCAAGAACAACUAUCCAGGCGACUGAGCUCGAACCUAUAUCUGUUAGCUACAACCUAACAUAUACUCACUUUUCACCACAAUUCUCAUGUUUUUCUUCUGGUAAUCAUGGUUUUGACUAUUCUAUUGAAUAUGAAAAUAUUGUUAUCAAUAACACUAAACCUUUAAAGAGGAAGAUAAAGGCAACUGUAACAUUUUUCGCACAUCGAUUCACAAAUUCUUUGCGUUGUGAAUUUCGCUACUCAGAGAAGCUAAUAUCUGUAUCAGAAUACUUUCAUCUACAAAAUUUGCCACCGUUCGCAAGAGAUGUAGAUACAGAAAGUCCCAAUUUUUUUUUCUAUGAAGAUGCAUAUAAAACAUCCCAUACAAUUCCAUUAGAUGUUCAAUAUGGUCCAGAAAAGGUUCAUGUAAGACAAGUUCAAAAGACCGUUUUAAAUUGUGAAGCAUCUGGAAAUUUUGAUAAGAUCCUUUAUACAAAUUGGAUGGUUAACGACACAUUGAAACUAAACUAUUCUUCAUCCAGUAUUAACUUGACAGAAGAAGAAAGAGGAUCGACUUUUAAAUGUGAAAGUUGCGUUGUUUACUAUGAUAAUAAUGUUUAUUGUAAUUUUAGCCUUAAUUAUUUUUAUUGGGGUCCGAUGAAUCCAACUUCACGAGGUCCGUCGUCUAGCGCACUUUCUACAACACAAGAUUCAUGGCAAACAACAACCAACAGUGUACGCAGCAGUGUGUCUCCUCAGAAAAUUACUACUGUAACAACAGCAAAAGCUACUACAACAACUGAAGACAAAAGGGAUACAACUACUGAAGACAAAAGAGACACAUCAACUGAAGCAAAUAGAGACACAUCAACUAGACUCUACCACGAAGAAACAACUAUUUCUCAGUCCAGCGGUUUAAGUAGAGAUACUAUAAUAAAGAUUGUAAUUGGGUCAACAGGAGGUGUCUUAUUAGUAACUGCAGGAGUGACUAUUGGCGUAUGUAUAAAGAAAAAUAAGAAUAAACUAAAAGUAGAAAAUAUACAGUAAAGUUUAAUAGCGAAAAAUGGUUUCGUUUUUUUAAGAGAACAAAAUCCACAUGUUUCCAUGUUCUUUCUCUCUUUCUUGCUUUCUCUUUCUCUCUUUUAUAUAUACA